AUGAAGGAUGAAGUUGGAACUGCUGCUUAUAAAACGGUGGAAUUGGAUGAUUGUAAGUUAUAUUGUAAUAAAGGAGGUGUCGACACUGGCUUCAAACAUAAUUCACCUCAUGAAUACCGUCAUCGACUUUUGAAAGUUAAGCUAAUUGGUCGUACGAUUGUAAUCCGUGAAGUGCCAAAAGACUACAAGUCACUCAAUUCUGGAGAUGUUUUUGUGCUGGAUGUGGGAACAACUCUAUAUCAAUUGAACGGUAAAAAUUCCCAAGGCGUUGAAAAAGUUAAAGCUGCAGAAUUCUGUCAAGCUAUUGAAAGCGAUAGGAACGGAUUGACUAAUACUGUUGUUAUUGAAAUGAACAAAUUUUGGGAAGCACUUGGAUGUGAAGGUCCAAUUAAACCUGCAUCUGAAGAUACUGGUGCAGACAUCUCUGGCGCUCAAAAGAAACUAUUUAGUGAUGCUUCAGGAACUUUGAAGUUCACCGAAGAAGCGACCGGCACCAUCAAAAUAUCCCAUUUCGAUACUAAGGACGUAUUUGUGUUUGACGAAUAUGUUAAAAAGUACAAUCGUCCAGUAUUUACUCCAAUCACCCGUAUCAUGGAAGGUGGCGAAAAUGAUGUUUUCACAAAGUGUUUGGAUGUAUAA